UGUGAAACAAACCUGUCUGGGAUAUGUUAAGCUCGCUCCGGAGUUUCGAGCGGCAGAGAGCAAUGUCGUUUGAAAAAAACAUCCUGUCUGACCCUACAAGUGAUGGGAAUGUCUCCACGAAUGGUCAGGUAUCAGAGCGGCCAUCUAGUUCUGUGUAUAGUUACGAAGCAUUCGACAGCACGACUCCAGUGAACUUUGUUUCAGAUCAGGAAAAUUUCACACAAACAUGUCCAACUUGCGGUGGAUCUGGAAAACUAACAAAAGAGCAAGAACAUGACUUAGUAGCACUAAUUCCUGUGAGAGACAGACGACUCAAGCCAAGAAGAACUAUUCUUUACCUUGUCCUGGCGGUGUUCCUUUGCCUGGCAAUCUGCGCAGUGGUUGGGGUGAUUUUCUUCCCGAGAACUGUUUCAAUCAAAUUAGUUGGUGCAUCACCAAAAAAUAUUAGCAUCCCAAGCUCAAACUAUUCAAAUCCUGUUAUCAUAAUAAAUAGCACUAUUUUAGUCAACAAUUCCAACUUUUUUGAGGCAAGUUUGGAUCACAUCAACAUUCAAGUCAACUGGAAUGGAUAUGUUGUAGCCGACCCAGACAUUCUAGGGAAGAUAAAAGUGCCAGCACGGUCAAGUCUUCAUCACACAUUUAUUGUGGAAACAAUGUACAGAGGUAAAGAAGCAGACAAAAUAAAGAGAGUUUGCUGUGGCUGGUCAUACAAUUUGGCUUUCCUCAUAACAGUAACAGCUAAAACUCAUUCACUGACUUCAUCUUCAGAAGCAUCUGAUACUCAGCUGGAGUUUGUCAACUGUGAAUUGAAUGGUAUAAAAUGGUGGAAAACUUGCUUUCCAAAGGGAUAGUUAUAAGUAAUUUAGAAUUUAGGAUUGUUUGUACUUGUUGUAUAACUUCACCUUAAAUGACUAUUUAACUACACAGCUCAUAAAUUGGAAAAAUCUUUACAGUAUUUUUUGUGAUAAGAAAUGUAUUUAAUGUCAGUCUCUCAAAAUCUGAGAGAUGUCUGACUUUCAGAUUACUAAUGCUUUGUGUACCAUAAAGCAGGUUUUGUUCAUUCAUGAUUACCAUGUGAGGUACACUCAUUAAACAUUUUAAUUAAUAUCUGGAAUACCGUUUGAUAGAUAAAAUAACAUUAAAAUUGGUCUAGAAUCUCAGACAGAAUUUGGCAUCUCAUAGAAAAGUUACUGCUAGAAUAUAAUUCAAAGAUAGUUGCUUGCUUUUUGCUUUGUUUUUGUGAAAUGUGUUAAUUAUUUUUUAAUGAAGAAUGUCAAGUUCUGCAAAGGUUAUAAAUGAUAGAUUCACUAUAAUUUGAUUAUGUUGACCAAAGGUAUUGGAGAAAUACCUGAGAAUGAUACCCUUAAUUACAUAUACAAGAGUUCUGAAAUGUCAAGAUUUUUUUUUCUUUUCAUUUUAAUUAAAUAGAAAAUAAAUUUAAAAACUUGUACUAACAGUUUUUUGUAUGGUAUAAAAUUUAUCAACUUAAGUUCAUUAAUUUGUUUAAAAUACCCACGACAAAAGUGUGAUCCUCACCUUGUU